AUGAAGGGUGCCAUCGUUCUCGCCGCUGCUGGCCUCGUCGCCGCUCAGGGCAUCCCCGACAUCUCCAACGUCCCUCAGUGCGCCAUCACCUGCCUGCUCCCCGCCCUGAGCAGCACCGGCUGCUCCCUGACCGACCUCAGCUGCGCCUGCAAGUCUGAGAACCAGGAGAAGAUCCGCUCCCAGGCCACCCCCUGCCUCGAGAAGGGCUGCUCCAAGGACGACCUCCAGAAGGCCCUCGACGCCGCCAACUCGCUCUGCGGCGGUGGUGUCUCCAGCAUCUCUUCCGGCUCCGCGUCUGCCACCUCGACCGGUGCCUCGUCCGGCUCCAGCUCGGCUGCCUCUACCCCUGCCACCACCGGCAGCGCCAGCAGCUCCCUCACCGGUGUCCUGCCCCCCGUCACCUCGGCCGUCUCCUCUGGCCACAGCACCGCCCUCCCUGGCAACGGCACCAGCACCAUGGCCACCCACACCACCUCCCACGGUGGCUCCGGCUCCGGCAGCUCCAGCUCCUCCUCCGCCGCUGGCACCAGCGUCUCCACCACCGCCCCUGGCUCCAACGACGCUGCUGGCCCCGUCGCUGGUGUCCUCGCUGCUAUUGCUGCUGCCGUCUUUGCUCUGUAA